AUGGAGCGCCCGCGCCUGCUCGACCCCGAGGAGGAGCGCCGCCGCCGUGAGCGUCGCCACCGGGAGCGUGACGCCAGGCACAAGUCUCGCCCCAGACGCGGCAACAACUACAAGCUCGACGUCAUCGACAAGCUCGACGUCACCGGCAUCUACGGCCCAGGCACGUUCCACCACGAUGGCCCGUUCGACGCCUGCAACCCGCACCGGAACCGCAAAGGCUCCCGCGCCGCCCCCAUGCAGGCCUUCCCCAAGGACUCCCGCAACAUGGCCCUGGGAGGCGCCGGCCCCAACAACAGCAAGCUGGACCUCAACCAGAUCCACGGCCGCGGCCAGGAGGGCUACUCCGACUUCUCGACCGGCGGCUCCUCGGGCUCCGCCAUCCCCUCCUCCGCCAUGAAGGCCGACGCCGCCGUCGCCUUCAACCCAACCAGCCAGAUAGAACAGGUCCACAGCGACGUCAGCAUGGGCCUCGGCUCCUCCACCUUCCUCGAAGGCACCCCCGCCUCCCGCGCCGCCAUCCAGCGCAAGGCCUCCGAGUCCGAGACCAUGCACGCCGGCCUCCAGCGCAAAAAGUCCCUCGCCCAGAAGAUCCGCGGAAUCAACAACCGCAGCAUCGGCGGCGGCGGCGGCAGGGUCAUCUCCCCCGAACCCCUCCUCCACCGCCGCCCCUCAGAGGCCGCCGACAACCCCCCGCGCCACCCCCCUCCGCCCCCGCCGCCACGCGCCACCAGCUCGCGCAGAGCAAACACAAACGACAGGAACCCGUUCUUCAACAGCUACCAGGACUACGACGACGCCUACGACGUCAAGUCCGCCAGGAUCCAGGGCCAGAAGCUCGUCGACACCGCAGACGACGGCUGCUCUGCCCGGCCCAGCAGCCCCCGAGGCCGGCCGGAGAGGAAGGAGAGCAGCGACGGGAUGCCCAGCCCGACCGCCGAAGAGUCCAAGCCUGCCAGCGGCUUCAUCAACCGUGUCAAAAGCUUGAGGAAGCCCAGAGCAAGACCUACAAGUUACUGCUUCAGACUCCUUCCAGCUGCCACAAGUUACUGCUUCAGACUCCCUUCAGACCACAAGUUACUGCUUCAGACUCCCUUCAGACCACAAACCAUGGACAUGCUCGUCUUCACGCCAAAAGUCCUUCAGCCGCCCCUUGUACGACCACGGAUCCCUAAACUCCCUAUUCUCAGAGACAAUCCUGCCCCCCGACAGCACCUCGAUCAGCACCACCAGGCCGUUCAGCAGCGCAUACGUGAGGAUGCCCGCAAUCAAGCCGUACGCAAUCGAAUACGUAAACGGCAUCACGGCCAGACACACAAACGCAGUGACCAGGCAGUCUGGUCAAUCCCUGCAUGGUAG